AACUUUGAUGAACUACCAUCAGUAUGCGAUGAAUACCUUUCAGAUUCUUCUUGCCGUGUUUGCCUGCGUGGCUGCUGCCGCUCCCCAGGGAUAUGAAGCCCCUGCACAAUCUCGGCGUGACUCUGACGAAGUGCCCAUACUGAGGGACGACCGCGUGAUCGAGAACGACGGAAGGUACAACUUCGACGUGGAAACAGGAGACGGCAUCGUGGUGUCAGAGUCUGGAGCUCCCAGCGCAGACGGAGGCAUCAACAGUGCUGGAUCAUACUCCUACACCGCUCCUGACGGCACUCCCGUCCACGUUGAGUUCGUGGCUGACGAAAAGGGUUUCCAGCCUCAGUCCGACCUCCUGCCCGUGGCCCCCGAGUUCCCCCACCCGAUCCCCGACUUCGUCCUCGAUCAGAUUGCCUUCGCCGCUGAGGAGGACGCCCGCAGAGCCAAGGAACCUUCCAACAGAUACAGUGCUCCUUAAUGAGAAUAUGUUGCAGAAUAUGUGUAUAUAUUAUGAUGUUUCGUUGUUGAAGAUUUGCAAGCCCUUCCUAUUUAAUCAUUCAUUAAAAUAAAUAAUACAGUGUUA